UUGAGUGACCCUUACAAGUCCUUCUUGAUCCUGAAGUGAAUAGGUGCCGCUGUUGCUGCUCGUGUUGAAUCCACAACAGCAGUCGGACAUGGUGCUGGAGGAAGAGCAGAGGAUGCUGGCCGGGUCCGGAGAUCCCAAUGAGGAAGAAGAGGAGGAGGAGGAAUUAGUGGAUCCCCUAACAACAGUGAGAGAGCAAUGCGAGCAGCUGGAGAAAUGUGUAAAGGCUCGGGAGCAGCUACAGCUCUGUGAUGAGCGUGUAUCCUCCAGGUCACAGACAGAGGAUUGCACAGAGGAGCUCUUUGACUUUUUGCAUGCAAGGGACCACUGCGUAAGUCAGCCUAAGGUGGCCCACAAACUCUUUAACAGCUUGAAGUAAGUGUGCAGAUUCGUUCACCCCAGCCUUCAUCACCCAGGCUUCGGGAUAUUUCCUUAUGGUUUGGAACAUGCCAUUUGUUUCUUAUUUGUGUAACUAAGUUCAUGUGAACCUCAAGGAUUUUUGGCUUAGGCUGGUAGCUUCUGUGUAAUUAUCAAUGAUUCCAUCUUAAUAAAGUCCAGUGAUCAACAA